AUGCUUCAAACUCCGAAAGCAAAUGAACAAACAUCAAAUUUAUCAACAUAUACAUUAAAAGGCAUCGAAUUUCUCGAAAAAGUUGGUGGUUUUGUAAAAGAACGUGCAGCACUUGAAGAAGAAUAUGCAAAUCGAUUGAAAAGUUUGGCGAAAAAAUAUACGAAAAAAUACGAAGAUGAUGAAUUGUUAAAGCAUUCGAGUUAUGUUCAAAGUUUUAAUGGAUUUCUGAAUCAAAUGGAAAAUGUGGCAGAUGAACAUUCAGCGAUUUCGGAAAACUUGAAAAAUGAAGUUGUUGGAUUUGUUAGUGCAAAAUGUGUACAACAUAAAAGUGCUAGGAAAAAUAUAAUGAAUGAUUUAUCGACUAUUGAUGAUGAUUUGAAUAAUUGUAUUAAUGAAUUAUUCAAAGCCAAGAAAACUUAUUUGUAAGUGGCUUAACUCGAAAAUAUGUGUUUUUGAGUGAAAUUUAGAUGAAAAUUCAGGAUUUUUCUUUAGAAAAAUUGAUUUUUCCAGAUUUUUGACUGCAAGAUUCUGAAUUUUCAGCAAAAACAAGCUGUCACGAAUUCUAGACCUUGUUUCAUGAAAAAUCUUGCAGAAUUUGUAAUUUUCAGCCUUCUGGCUCCUGGUUUUUCAUGAAAAUCAAGUUUAUAAAGGGUCUGAAGACAGAUUUUGUAAAUUUGAUUUUCACUGGAAAUUUAGCAGCCAAAAUACUGAAAAUUACAAAUUCUGCAAGAUUUUUCAUAAAACAAGGUCUAGAAUUCGAAACAGUUGGUUUUUGGUGAAAAUUCUGAAUCUUGCAGCCAAAAAGCUGAAAACAUUCAUUUUUAGGAGGUUUAUCCUGUGAAACAUGCAUGAAAAAUAGCUGAAAAUCAUUUAAAAAUAUGAAAUUUCCAAGAUUUUUCAGUUUUUCAUGAAAAAUUCAUUGAAAAUCAAGUUUACAAGAUCUGGCAGACAGAUGUUUGCCGAAAAUUAUCAGCAAAACUUUGUAAACUUCAUUUUCAAUGAAUUUUUCAUGAGAAAUCCUGAAUUUUCACCUAAAACUCUCCAAAACCCUUCAAAUUAAAGUUUUUCAGUCGUUCAUUCCGCGAAGCCGAAAACGCCUAUCAAAAAUACCAAAAAGCCGACAAAAACAUGGACAUCUCUCGCACAGAACUCGAAAAAUCGCGACAAUUUUCGCAACAAAAACUGGAAGCUGCGGAAAAAUCAAAAGAAUCGUAUGUGGAUGCGUUGGAAUGCGCAAAUUAUGGACAAAACAAAUAUUUCGACAAAAUGUUGCCAAUGAUUUUCGAUCGAUUUCGAAUUAUUGAUAAAGAGAGAAUUGAGGAUUUGAGAGAAAUUAUGGGAAAAUGUUUGAAAAUUGAUCGAGAACAUCAGGCAAUUGUUGAGGAAUUUUGGAGAAAAUCCGAAAAAUUUGGAGAAUUUAUUGAUUCGGAUAAUGAUUCGAUGAUGCUUUUAGAUUGUUUUAGGUUAAUUUUUGAGUCCUGAAACGUAAAAAUAGCUGAAAAAUCUGAAAUUUGAGGAUUUUUUGGCUAAAAAUAUCCCGAAUCUCAUUUUUUUCAGAUCAAAAAUCGAAAAAUCGGCCUCGUUCGAAUUGGACGAUUUGGGAGAUCCGAAAAUUGGCUGCAAUCGACCAAUAGGUACUGAAAUGCUCUGAAAAAUCAUCUGAAAAUCAAUAUUUUUAAUGAAAUAUAUAUUUUCUAGUAGUUUCCAACCCACUGAUCACAAUUCCAUUGUCAAAAAUCGCAAAUCUCAACUUCUAAUAUGAGUUAUUUUUUGGAAGUGGAAAACUUGGAACUUUAGGAGGUCAGAACUAGAUUUCAAAAUGAUUUUCAUAAAAAUCUGAUAGCAUAGCGUUGUUCAGGAGGGUCGAUUACAUAUUUUCCUGGGUCUCGCGGCGAAAAAUCGAUUUUCUCUGGGUCCUGGAGCGAAAAAUGCAUGAAUUUUCUCUCCAAGACUCGGAAAAUCAUCAAAAAUCCCACUGGGACCUGAAGAAAAUCGAUUUUUCGCUGCGAGACCCAGGAAAAGCAUGUAAUUGACCUUCCUGAACAACGUCAUGCUAUCAGAUUUUCAUGAAAAUUAUUUUGAAAUCUAGUUCUAACCACCUGAAGUUCCAAAUUUUCCAUUUCGAAAUGAUAACUCAUAUUAGGAAUUACGAUUUGCAGUUUUUGACAGCGGAAUUGUGAUCAGCGGGUUGAAAAAUAUUAGAAAAUAUUUAUUUCAUUAAAAAUCUAGAUUGCAAGUUGAAACCAUCCCAAAAAGCUUUAUAAAAUUCAAAAUUUUCAGAUUAUCUCGAAAGAGUUGAAGCCUUUAUGUCACCAAUUUAUAAACGAAAAGAUUCGCCAAUAAAAAUCCGAUCAUUCCGUCAACUCUUCAAAUCUCAAAAUUCAUCUCCAAAAUCCAAAAAUGACGAAAAUCAAGAAUAUUCAGAACUUCCACCUAAAGUUCGACUGCGAUGUUUGAAUGCAAAAAUCAAAAAACUCGAAAAACAACUCGAAACCGCGAUUCAGGGAAGAGAAGGAUUGAAUCGACUUCAGAAUGCUUAUCGAGAAAAUCCGAAAUUGGGAAAUCCAUUAAAUUGUAAUGAAAGUUUGGUUGAACAUGCGAAAGAGAUUGAGAGAUUGAGCUUGGAAAUUGAGAAAAUUCGAUUGAUUAGUUCCGAUGUUGAAUGUGCUAUUAUUGAAGGUAUGCAAUUUCUGGAGGUGGAGGACUCGCGAAAAUUCAAAUAUUUCAUAGAAUUUGGGUGGUUUCAUUUGAAAAUAUGCAUUAUUUCUGGAAAAAACACGAACUUUCAUUGAAAUUUGUCAGAUUUUUGACGGCAAAACUUGAUUUUCAUGAAAGUUCAUGUUUUUUUGCAAUUUUCGGAUCCAAAUUUGAAUUUUUUGCAUAUUUUCAAAUGAAACCGCCCCAAGUUUUAUGAAAAAUUUGAAUUUAUAAUUUUUGCCGCUAAAAAUCAAAUUUUCAGCCGGUGAUUUAACCGAAGGAUCAUUUUGUGGUCGAGAUUCGACAAUUGAUACAACAAGAUCGGGAAUGUCUGGAUGUUCAACAAAUAUUUCAUCGAAAACCAAUACUUUGGAUGAAGCUGGAUUGGUAAGGGCUGAAAAUCACUGAAAAUUUGGAAUUUUCAGACAAAAAUGACUGAAACUCGUCAAUUUUUGGUCAAAAGUGCCCAAUUUUCAGUCAGAAAUCAUAAAUACCACUAAAAAUUUCAAUUUUUGCAGUACAGCGAUGGAAAUUCGGAUUGUCUCCCUCAUAUUCCAUCAGAUCUACGAUUCGUCUCAUCGAAAUCAUCGACAAAUAGUUCACCAAUGAGAAAUUCCGCGAAAUUCAACAUUUCCACGCCGAUUUCCAGGUUUUUAUAUUGAAAUUCUGAAUUUUGUUCAAAAUUUGAUUUUUUUUUUCAGAUCCAAUUCGCCACGUCAACUCUACACGCCGAAACGAGAAAAAUCGAGAAAAGUUGGCGAAAAUCGGGAAAUUGAAGUUGGUCGAGCUGUUGUGAUUUAUGAAUUCGAGGGAAAUUCGUAUGGUACGAUUUCGGUGAAAGAGGGCGAAAAUGUGAUAUUGAUUGAGAAAGGAAAUGAUGAGGAUGGAUGGAUGAAAGUUCGAAGGUUAGUCUUGUGAAAAUCUCAGAGACAUGGGGGGACUAGGUUGCCAAACAGCAAAAUCUAGUCCCCUAUUCCAAAUCCUAGCUCAAUAUUUCCAGAAUCCCAACAAGCUGCGACGAAAAAGGCGAAGAAGGAUUUGUGCCAAGCAGUUAUUUGAAAUGCGCGUGGAAUAUCUGA